UAGUUUUUUUUUUAAUUUAUACAGUGUUUGAAAAAAGCAGUACUACUCGUCGGCCAGUAACUCCUUUCACAUCUGAUGAUGAUGAAAACGCUGCGGAAGCAGGUCCAUCAAUAGAAGUAUGGAGCAGCAGAAGUGGCACUUCUGUAAGACAUCACCACAAAAAACCUGUGUCCGAAAAGAAAGCAAGGUCGUAUGUCGCGGGCCAACCACAGCAGGCUACCCCGCCACGAAGAUUAUCGUCCGUAUGUUCUGUCCCCCCACUCCAAAUCUUGGACACACCUCCAAGACGUCAUCCACACUCCCCUCAUCUUGAUUCUUCUAGUCCUGGGAACAGCAUCCCUCCGCAACAACAGCAACACAGUGACAUGGAGGAGACAAACAUCUUAGAAAUACAGCCAUUAAGGCAAGGAAUGAGCCCCCCAGCACCUGUGAGUACACCACCACAGCAAAGCACACCACCACCAGAACACAGCCCAACAACACCAGUAACACAAGGCCCUGAUCAGGUGUUUUGGUCCAUUUGGGCUAGACAGCAGGCCACUAAUGAAGAUUGCCUGCGUAGGCAGACACAAAUGUUUGCAAGCCUACCAUCUCACCUCAGAAGAAUAUCAAGAAAUCUGAGUAGACAAAAUGAACAAACAACCAGAAUAGGCAAUACCAUGGAACUCAUGCGUACAGACAUUACACAGGUCAUGGGCAACUUACAGUGCAUAAUGGAAGAACAGCACAGACUAAUGGAAGAACAGCACAGACUAAUGGAAGAACAGCACAGACUAAUGGAAGAACAGCACAGACAACAGCAAAGUUAUAUGAACAUUUUUCAAAACAAUCAAAAGAUUAAUGAAAGUUUAUUCCGAAUUGUAGACAAUCAAAAUGCUGCUACAUGUGAACUCAAUGCCACCCUCGCUAACCUGAAUGAAACACUCAGAUGCAUGCACCAACAGCAAACAAGCAGCACUUCUGGUACGACUACUCCAAAUAUCACGCCAGUCUCAUCACCACGAAGACGCUCCACCAGAGCAUGACAACAUGACAGUGCUAAAGGCAAAGGGCAGGACAAGCAGCCACCAAAAAAAAAACGUGAAAAUAAUACAAGUUAAACAUUUGUGAUAAGUAACUCAAAAUAGUUAGUAAGUGUUUGUUUGGCAAAAAAUAUAUAACACUUAGCUCCUUGACAAUUUUUACAACAUCAUUAAUUAUAAGUGGUACAAACAACAACAUAAAAUUUGUACGCACAUUUAUUCUUUUCCAUUUUUUUUUGUAUUGGAGGAGGGAAAUGUUGAUGGAGCAGCACAUACAUGUUAGCAGGAAGUAAACUGACCACUUGAUUUUUUUCUAAUCAUUACUCUUUCUAGAUUCCAAUCAUUCUCUUUUCCUGCAGACAAUCCAAAUUACAAUGUUAUUGAUAACUAUUUUACCUUUCUUCUCUAUACAACAUUACAAGAAGAACACAAUUGAGUUGCGUAAAAAGCUUUUAAUAUGUUGGCAUUGAAUUUUUAAAAAAACAUUGUCAAAAUGAAUGUCAGUAUUGUUUGGACAUGUUUGUGUGUGUUAAAAAUUAGUAAGAAUGUUAUUACACAUGAUGCAGAAACCAACAAAUAAGAACUUUUUAACCAAAAAACAAAGAAUGUGUAUAAUAAUGUAUAUAUGUGGCAAACUGUGUAUUUACUUACACAUCAUCAAGUUUACUGCAUCAAA